GAUUAGUUUUUGUUUAUUUUUCUGCUCGACUUCUUUUAGAUUAUCUUGUCAAUAAACUGCACCCCGGGGAUUGACGGCGGACCUGUUCUGUUCUCUGAUUGGUCCGAGCUAAAGGCCCGCCAGCCAAUCAGAGACAAGUAUCUAGCUCCCGCCCCCUGGAUAUGUUGGGUUGACAUUAUCCAGUUCCCUUUGAACCUGUGAGGAUUGAAGAUGUCCAGAUCAGUGCAGUUAGGAUCAGACUACCCUCCAGAACAAUACUAUACUCCUACCCCUCAUUCAUACCCUCCAUACUAUCCCUACCCAUCACACUACCCCCCGCCCCCUCCUCUCACCACCUAUGAGCCCCAUGUGCCCCCUGGAGGGGAGUACUCCCCUAACUCAGAUUCCUCCCACUCCCCAACACAAUAUGACUCCAGUAGCUACCAAGGAUAUUAUCAACAAGACUCUAUAUUCUACCAAACUGAAGGUGGAGGACCCAUCAGACAUGACAAACGAAAAAUAGUUGGAUCCAAUAAAAAGGAGCGAAGAAGAACACAAUCAAUUAACGCCGCAUUUUCAUCUUUACGCGACUGUAUUCCAAAUGUUCCUUGCGACACAAAAUUGUCUAAAAUCAAGACACUGCGGCUUGCAACAUCUUACAUAGACUAUCUUCUAAAUGUUUUGAAGUCGGAUGAUCCAAAUAUGUCCGCGGAGGGAUUUAAAGCAGAUAUUCAUAAGAAGUGGAAUGAGAAAACAGAGGAGCAGAAAAGAAAAGAAUUGGAGGAGGAGUUGAAUAAUAACAGAGGGGAGGAGAGGGUACGAACUCCUGUACAGAAACCUUCUAGAACAGGUUGGCCACAGCAUGUCUGGGCUCUAGAACUCAAACAGUGAUUGUACAGUUUGUACACAGGAGUAGAGUGGGCCCUGGACUAGAGGCUGUUGGGCCCUGAAAUAGCUUCUCAGUGUUUUCAGCGGAAAAAGAGGAUGUGUUACUCGGGGCUGAGAAGAGCAAAGCAAGAAAAGACAAAAUAUUCAAUCUCGGAGGGGAAUUAGUAUGGGUCCUCAUCUCUUUAAGAUGAAGUUAUUUUUAACUGCAAGAUCUCCUAUAAGUCCUCUUUUAAUGGACCCUGAACAAU